CCUCGUAUUUAACAUUAAAAAUGGCAGCUAGUUCAUCGUCAAUAGAGAAACAUUUUCAGGACCAGAACCAAAGCCAGGAGCUGAGUAAUAGAGUCAAGAGGGAUUUUGGAAUGAGCGAGCGAAGGAGGGGCCUCCAUGCACCCAAGUUUAGCAUGCCUGUGAUGACUAAGGAACAAAAGAUAAUACUGAAACAAGUGCUUAACAGAAGAAAGUCAGUAAGCAAGCAGCCCAAACCAGUUCAAAAAGAUUUCAUACCAAAGAGGCUCAAAAGACAGCUGAAGAGAGUCAAGUUAGUUAUUGAGCAAGAGAAGAAAAAUAGAAUGGAGAAAAGACAGAAGAGAAAACAAGAGAUAGAACGAAGACAACUGGAGGACCAAAAAAAACGAGAAAUAGAAGAAAGAGAAAGAUAUGAAAAAGCUAGCCCAUUUCUACGUUUACAGUUAGGUAACUCAAGAGAGAAACAAGAGGAUUCUUCUCUAGGUCCUUCUCCCGAUUCUAAAUAAAGAGUUCAAAAGGAAACCUAAAAUCAAAAUUAACAGGGAUUUAGCUUCAAAUAUCAGCAGCGUGAAUGAAUCUGUUAUGUUUAAUGACAAUACUAAUCAGAAGUUCUCUCAGAGCAAGACUAGGAAGAUGAGACUAGACACUCAGAAAUUUGGUGUAUCCCCAGAAAAGAACAUGUACACUCAAAACUCAAACUUUACAACAACUUGAAGAAAGGAAGAAAGUCCUCUCAUUCCUCUUGAGCCGUGCCCAAAACCAAAACUUAAAAAUAUAAUCAAGCUUAAAAAGUCUAUAAAAAUCAACUUCCCCAACCCUAAGGUAACUUCACCCUCUAAACCCUCAGAAUCCUUCCAAAAUACCCUCAGCACUCUCCAAAACACCAUCUCUACCCUCUUCAUUCUCAAAGCCCCUAAAAACCCCUCAAAAUCCCCCAAACCCCAAAAAUCCCUCACACAGAUCGCUCGCCGCCCCAAAAACUAGCCAAAACCUAUUCAAAUUCUACUCUUCUCCAAAUUCUCUAAUCAGCAGUCAUCUCCGAAGAUCGCACAAAAUCUACCAGUCAGCUAGCUUUACUACAAGAUCUCAAAAUGUGGAAAUGAGCCUAAAUGACAUUAAGAAAGAGGAAAGAAAAGUGAAGAAGUGGGCCAAUUGAAUGAGAGAGAGGGUAGAUAGAGCAAUAAGUGAAUGAGGGAUGUAUGAUUAUGAAGUUAGGAAUGAAAGGAGAUUUAUGGAUGUCAUUAGGAAUAAUGAGGUUUAUGAGUAGGUGAGGGAGGAUUGGAUGUGGGCGUUUGGUUGGGAAUUGGAUUUUGUACUUUUUAAGUG